UGUUCGAGCAAAAGACGCUAAAAGCAUUGUUUGAGGAAAAAACAACAACAACAAUGUGCUUGUAAAACACUCACACACCUUGAAGCAUUCCUGGCUGUCAGCGGCUCUGUGGAUCGCUGAGAUUCAGCGCAUACCUCAGCGUUGGGUGACACACAGAGCCCGUGCGGAGGCGUGUGAAAGCCACCUGUGGCAGCUCUACAGACCAGUCCUCUGUGGAACGUGGAGGGUGGGGGGGGGGACCAGGAAUAACUCGCCGUGGGACAAAACUCGGUGUGCUGCUUGCCAGCAGCCCCCCCUCACACAAUCAGCCCCUCGCUGAUACCGACGGUGGCUGCUGCUGUGUUGGCUAAACAGCUGCCCACCUCUCCAUCCUCAUUCCUCCCCAACGCUCCACACACAAACAGAAGCAGACACACACACACACCUGAACAAUAGCAAUCAGACAGGUUGGGCUGAUACAGAUCUUUGUGUGCGCCGAUUGCUGUUGUUUUUAUUCCAAUUGUCACCGCAGAUGUCAAGUAUCAAUGUUAUCUAGAUCAUUGAACAUUCACAUCAUUGGGCAGAUUUAUUUUUUUGGAAAAUUUAAAUUUUUGGACCUGAAAACAAGAUUUAGGCCCAGACACGUACAAACAAACACACACACACACACAGUGUGAUAUCGUGUUCGAAGUCCCCCCCACACACUUGCAGCUGUAUUUAAUGUGCUACCAGGCUUGUUACCUACAGCAGCGUGAGAUGGUUUUAUUAUGACUCAGAGUUUGAAUUCACACACACGCCGGUGUACAAACACACACACACACACAAUUCGUGCAGGUUCAGAGCUCUGGCAGACAGGUGGUGUGUGAGGUUUGUGUUGCAAUGCAGUAACAACAGUGUUUGGCAGAAUGCUAGCAUUCUAACACCCCCCCCCCCCCCCCCUUUUCUUCUUCUUGCCAAACUCCACGAACCCGUUGAAUGAAUGUGUCUCUCCUUGUAGGUGCACACCUGGUUUCUUCGCCCAGAUGGCACCGGCCUGGAAGUAACAAGCAAAUGGUUGAGCCCAGCCCUCCAGCGCUGCACCUCCUGUCUGGCGGGGAUGUCAGCAUGGCGUGUGUCGCUGUCAAAGUGGAACAGGAGGAGGCCGGCGGAGGGGUCGGAGUCAUAACCCACGCCGAGCCUCUCAAGAGGUCUCCCUCGCUUGAUUGGUCGGGAAACCAUCCGCUGGAGGCCCGCCAGCUGACCCCACCGCUCUCCCGCUCCCCUUCGGAGGGCUCUCCGGGUAAGGAGCUGCCUCACAGGCAAAGCCCCAUGGGACUGAGGGAGGCCAGGACGCGUGAUAGACCGGAAGGACAAUCCAACUUCAAGGAAGUAAUGCCCACCAUUGAGAAGCUGCUGAAUGCUGACUGGAAGGAGAAACUUCUGGAUAAAAGCACAGUGGAGGCAGCACGACUGAAAGGUACCCCAGAGGCUUUGGCAGAGAAGGAGCUCCAGUUGCUGAUGAUGAUCAACCAGCUGAGCGGUCUGAGGGAGCAGCUCCUGGGAGCCCACUCUGAGCAGAGGAACAUGGCCGCCCUGCUGCUGGAGAAGCAGCAGCAGCAGAUGGAGCUGGCUCGGCAGCAGCAGGAACAGAUCGCCAAGCAGCAGCAGCAGCUGAUCCAGCAGCAGCACAAGAUCAACCUGCUUCAGCAGCAGAUCCAGCAGGUGAACAUGCCCUACGUGAUGAUCCCGGCUUUCCACCACAACCCCCAGUCCCUCGCCUCCGACUCCCAGAUGACCCUGCCGCUGCAGCCGAUCCCCUGCAAGCCAGCAGUGGACUAUCCCAUGCAGCUGCUGCAGAACCCUCACCCCACCCCCGUCAAGAGGAGCAGUUGUUCCUUCCGACAGGAAGCCAGUCAGCCCUUAAACCUGACCUCCAAGCCGAAGGGGCUGGAGCUGGGGAAAACCCCAAGUCCGCAGAGCAUGGAGCUGGGAUCGCUGGCUCUGCACGGGGCCUACAGGCCCAGAGACCUCCAGAGAGAGGUGUCCCGCAGCCCGCCACGACCUGCCCUCAGUUUCCUCGGAGAUGGCGACGUGGUCACCCAGGCCAUCCAUGACGCCCAGCAGCUCCUGAGGGGCCACAGCACCACAGGGCGAGAGAGGGACAGGGAGAGAGAGAGAGACUGCGACAGGAAGAUGGAGUACAAAGAUUCUCCCCGCAGCGAGAGAAUCUGUCACUCCGAGCGGGGCGAGGACCACCUCAGCAGUGACUCCGAGGGUGCCCUGCCCGUCUCGGGCCAAGGCAGCUACGUUGAGGUCCGGCCCCCUCCCUCCUCGGGCCACAUCAAGAGACCCAUGAAUGCCUUCAUGGUGUGGGCCAAGGACGAGCGCAGGAGGAUCCUGCAGGCCUUCCCCGACAUGCACAACUCCUCCAUCAGCAAGAUCUUGGGCUCCCGGUGGAAGGGCAUGUCCAACCAGGAGAAGCAGCCCUACUACGAGGAGCAGGCCAGGCUGAGCCGGCAGCAUCUAGAGCGCUACCCGGACUACAAGUACAAACCCCGGCCCAAGCGGACCUGCAUCGUGGAGGGGCGGAGGCUGCGGGUGGGCGAGUACAAGGCCAUGAUGAAGAACCGCCGGCAGGAGCAGAGGGCGACCUACACGCACAGUCAAACGGAACCACAGCAGCUCCACUACUCCCACAGCGACGGCCAGUACCCGGGCGGCGCCAGCUCGGUCUCGGUGGCGACCGUGCCCUUUCACCCCGCGCUGCUGGAGCACUACCUGCCGCAGGUACCCCCCGCGCUGCGUCGGGUGGAGGGCCAGGCCACGCCCACCUCCCUGCCCCGAGAGAGGGAGCGCGAGAGGGAGCGCCCUCCGUACAGCGAAGGAGAGGAGAGCGACGGGGGGGAGAGGAGCGAGGGGGAACUGGUGCUCCUGACGGACUGAAGCUGGGGGGGGGGGGAUGGAGGUGAGGGAUGAGAGUGGAAGUGUGCCCUUAGUUGAUUGACGGUCAGAGGAGAAAGAUGGAGGACGGACGGGGGGGAAGGGCGAGAGUUGGAGGUAAUGAGAAAAUCGCCCCUCUGUCAGGACUAAAGUGAAGAGAUGUGUUGUACAACAGUUGUAUUCAGUGAGACGCUGCCCUACACACACACACACGCACACACAGAAAGGCAAGCUCUUAUCUUACUCAUCUCUCUUCAUAGACAUUUCACCAGCUGCUUUGUUGUAGAAUACAGAACGUAGAAGGUUUUUAUCGUUUAAUUCAUCAUGCUUCUAGCAUGAGGAAUGCUACAAAAUGUCCUACGAAAUGUCCCCACAGGAAAGCUUCCCUGUUCUUACCUGUUGGACAGCCGAGUCACUUCUCUGCGGUUGAAGCGACAGGCCGGCACUAUUUGUUAUCAGUAUGUCAGUACCGCCCCCUGCUGGUAAAGGCUGGUUAUUACUACAUGACAUUUAGGUUAUUACCGCUUCUUACUCCCAUUUUCCUAGCUCAGAUUUUUCUAGUAUAGAUUUGUAAUCUCUAAUAUCAAGCAGAUAACCCCCUGAUGACAUCAUCGGGGUCAUUUUUCGGACAGAGCAACAGAAGACAUUGAACAGCUGUUUUCACAUCGUUCUCCUCAUGACAAGUAAACUGAACUGAACCUGGAAAAUUGCCCUUUUAAUGAAUUCAACGCUGGAGCAUUUUAAAGAUGAUGCAGUGCCUCUUUAAAGGGAUAGUCUGGGUGUUUUGAAGUGGGGUUGGAUGAUGUACUUAGACUAGGGACAAGUACCUUCAAAAAUACAUUUGUCAUCGGUACAUGUUCCAGUUAAGGCAAGUUUAUUUGUAUAGCACGUUUCACACACGAAGGUAAGUGUGGAAAAAAAGCAUAGAAUUAUUCUGAAGCUAAUUAAAUCACAGAGACCUUUAAUAGGGGAGGGAUCUCUCACUGCAGCCGAACGGGUUACAAUCAGACUGCCAAUGAAGUCAUUUAUUUGCAUCCCAGUCAGUGUACAGUAACACAAUGCAACCCUCCUCUUCGUCGUCCUCCCACCUCCCACUGUUCAGUCGCGCUGUGCUGUAUAUGCUGUAUUUGUGUGUCUUAUCAGUUCCCACAACACGGAGGGUUGACCUCAGCCUCACCAGAUUUCUUUUGUUAUACCUCUGUGUUUGCUUCUUUGAGUGUUAAUUGAUUGUCGUGUUGAGCACAUCCUAUCCGUGUAUCCAAUUGUUUUUUAUUUUUAUUUUUAUUUUUUUUGCUGCUCUUGAGAUGCAGCUUUCUGCCGCACUGCAGAAAAUAUUCACACACAUCAUCAUAUCAGAUUUUUCAGCAAUUGGUCCUUUUCUUGGUACUAGCGCACCAGGGCCUCUCUCGAAUUUCCUGAAGCUGCGCUGGAAUUAUUUUCAUAUUUGAAAGCAGAAAGUCAUUUUAAUGAAUCUUUUAUUUUCCCGUUCCUCAUACAUCUUAACAGAGAGACGAAUCAAUCACAUCAAAUGGGAGCUGUUGUUCGUUGGCAGCACGUACUCUCUUUACAGUGGCUGCUACAGAGAUAUGGAAAAGGGCAAUUAAUGGUUAUGAGCAUGCAAAGUGCAAAGUGAAAGAAAUGGAAAGUAAAGUUUCGGGGUGACUGAAGCCCUGGGGAACUUCAUGAGGACGCAGAAACCAAAGUCAUCCACUUGUCCUCAGCAGAGCCCUUUAAAGAGAGUCCCGUCAACGGAAGUUCAAAACGCUUGAUCAUCACGUGACUCACUAGAUCGUUAAGACAGAACUGCGAUUUACAAUAUUCAUAUAGAACACCGACAGAUGGAUGCAGUGACAUCAGUGUUUUGUUUUAAGUAACUUGUUUUUAAUCUCACAUAGUUCCUCCAACUUCCCUCUCCCAUAUCCAUCAAUCAGAAGUCAGCUGAGCUGCAACAGAGACACAAAGCCAAACAUAACUUAACCCUAUGUUAUGUUUUUGUUUAUAGAGUGUGUAGAAGUCUCAGAUAUGCAUUCUAAAUCCAUUCCACUAGCAAUGUAUCACAAAAAUAUCUCUCUUCCUUAUUAUUGUGUACCGUUAACUUUAUUGUAAUGGCUCGUACUCCAAAAUGUAUGUACGCUCAUUCCAUCACCUGCAUCCACAGCUCUGCAUUAACACGACAACAUGUUAAAUUUAGCUGAUAAAAUAUGAUAUUCAAUACAGAUAUUUAAAUCGCCCUAUUCUGCAAAAAACUAAAAUAUGUAGAAGCUAUUAUCCCUCUAACUACAGAUUGUUUGAUGUAAUGACCUUAAGAAAACAGAAGUUACAAUUCAUAGGCUUCUCUUGCCUCGUUUACCGUUACGCGUUGCUAACUUUAUCCAGUGUGGUUCAUUAGCUUAAACUGUUAUCAGCAAACCUUGGACCUCACGAACGGUCCAUUCCGGUGCUGCUAGCAUACGCUGCUAACUAUCGGGAGCUAUUGAUUGCUGUAAAAAGGACCAUUGGAGUUAACGGAGGUGAUGGGAUUCUCUCUUGAACGGGUUCUGGUCCUCAGUACAUUGUUGGCUAUGGUGCUCCGUGCUAACGAUUUAGCACGAUAUUAGGCUCCAUGUUAGCACUUAGCAUAAGUCACGUUCUUUAAUAGCAGGAAGUAAGUUUGAUAGUAGUAGUUUUAGCUAAUAGCAUGUUACUGUUAGCUAAAAAAUUGCUAUUAGCCUUUUGAAGCACUUCUGAGCAAACGAAUAGUUUUGGUGUCUUUGUUCUCAUCAGUCAAUAACCAUAUUGACCGUUACGACUAUUUAACAAAAACUUAGCGUACCUAAAUACCGCUGUGGUCGAUCCACCUUUAGCUAACUGCAAUGGUGACAAAUCAAAAUGGCGGAGAAAAAGACACAUUUCAGACAUGGCAGUUCGGGGCUCAUCUUAAACAAUCAGGGUCAGGGCUGUGUAGAGUAAAGAUGGCGGCUUUUGUGCACAGAGAUGAAUAUCAGAGGAAAAAUGUUUAUCUUAUUUUAGCGGAGACAUGCUGAGGAGUCACCUGUCGUUGCCCCUGCUGAUGUAAAUAUAGAAAGAGACUUUAUUUUGUUUAUAAGAGCCUGUGUAAUUUAAAUGUGUACGUUUCUCUAUGUUUUCAGAGUUUUGCGUUGUUUUUCUGUUUUUUUUCUUGAAAGACAAUAAAUUGGUUGUGCUAAUUGUGUGUGGUAUGAAUUUUUCACUUUAUUUAAAAGUAUGUUCGAGUGUGUUUGAGACCGGGACAAGUCUCUCCUCACAGGUCUUUGGUUCAGUUGGUACAGUGAUUCAGCUCAUCCCUGGAUUAAAUCAUUAUAUCAGCCCAACGCACCCGUCCAUGUUGUAUUUUCCCCACGUCUCAGCAGCUAAAUUAGCAUCUUGUGUAAACUGAUUAAUCACAUUGGAAAAGUCUUAGUAAAUCAACAU